ACGCUGAGCUCGUCGGAGAUCGUCGAUCUCAAGUACAAAAACGGAGUAGCCAUACUCAUGAUCAACGAAGUAUUUCCCGAGGACAAAGGCGAGUACACGUGUCUGGCGACUAACAGCAUCGGCAGUGAUACGACAUUCUGCAAACUGACCGUCAAAGCCGUGGAGAACGCCGCCGCGAAGAAAAAGAGCGAUGACAAAUCGCCGAAGAUCGUGGAUCACCUGACGAGCAUGUAUGUGAAGGACGGCGAGGCAGUGACGCUCAGCUGCCGAAUAAUCGGGGCUAAGAAAUUCAACGUAGUGUGGCUGCACAACAACAAGGAGAUCAAGACCAGCAAAGACUUCCAAUACACCAGCGAGGCUAACAUUUACAAACUGGUCAUCGCCGAGAAUUCCCCGAGGAUUCCGGCACUUACACGUGCGAAGCGUUCAACGAUGCAGGAGAGAGCUACUCGUCGUGCAC